AUGAGUGCCCCCCCGGUGAUCCGGCCGCCCAGCCCCGCGGGCCUCGGCCUCUCUCUACAAGUCUGGAUCGACCUGAGCCGGGAGCCCGUCCUACUGCCCGAGCCCGGGGAGCUGAGCCUGGGGGCCGUGCGAGAGAUGGCCUGCUCCAUCGUGGACCAGAAGUUUCCAGAAUGCAGAUUCUAUGGGAUGUACGACAAGAUCCUCUUGUUCCGUCAUGGCCCAACAUCAGAAAACAUCCUGCAGCUGGUGAAAUCUGAGGCAGACAUUCAGGAGGGAGAUCUCAUUGAAGUGGUGCUGUCAGCCUCUGCAACUUUCGAAGAUUUCCAGAUACGCCCACACACACUGUAUGUCCAUUCGUACCGUGCUCUAGCUUUCUGCGACCACUGCGGAGAGAUGCUGUGGGGUCUGGUGAUGCAGGGCCUCAAAUGUGAGGGGUGUGGCCUCAACUACCACAAGCGAUGUGCAUUCAAGAUUCCGAACAACUGCAGUGGGGUCCGGAAGCGAAGACUGUCAAAUGUGUCACUGACUGGAUUAUCCAGCAUACGCACCGUGUCUGCAGAACCUGUCUCCUGCUCCUUAGAAGAGCCAUUGAUGCAAAAGUCUCCAUCCGAGUCCUUUGUGCGAGAGAAGAGGUCCAGCUCCCAGCCUUACCCUGGUCGCCCCAUACAGCUUGACAAGAUUCUCCUCACCAAGGUCAAAGUGCCUCACACGUUUGUCAUUCACUCCUACACCCGGCCAACAGUGUGCCAGUACUGCAAAAAGCUGCUAAAGGGUCUUUUCCGACAAGGGCUGCAAUGCAAGGACUGCAAAUUCAACUGUCACAAGCGUUGUGCAACUAAAGUGCCUCACAACUGCCUCGGGGAGGUAGCCAUCAACGGAGACUUGCUGAGCCCUGGAGCCGAGUCAGAUGUGGUGAUGGAGGAGGGAAGCGACAAUGAGAGUGAUCCAAGCAGCCGGCUGAUGGAAGACAUCGAUGAACCCCUAACUCCUGACUCUGAUUGCAUCAUGACUCGUUACCGGAGUGAGAAUGGUGACAUGCAGGACACAGACCAAGAUCAGGACACAUCAGAUCGUAUGAUCAGCCCCUCAGCCAGUAAUAACAUUCCCUUGAUGAGAGUGGUUCAGUCUGUCAAGCAUACAAAGCGGCAAAGCAGCAGUGUAAUGAAGGAAGGUUGGAUGGUGCGUUAUACUAGCAAAGACACCUUGAGAAAGAGGCAUUACUGGAGACUGGACAGCAAGUGUAUAACCUUAUUUCAGAAUGAUACUGGAAGCAAAUACUAUAAGGAAAUCCCUCUUUCUGAGAUCCUAUGCCUGGAACCUGCUAAAAACCUGACCCUGCUCCCCCCUGGUGCUAAUCCUCACUGUUUUGAGAUCACGACUGCCAAUAUUGUCUAUUAUGUGGGGGAAAGCCUGCCCCUCCAGAUAGCACCUGAGAUUGGAAAUAACGGUAUUGUGAACAGCGGAGUGGGUCUGGAUGUGGCCUGUAUGUGGGAAGUAGCCAUACAGCAUGCCCUGAUGCCCGUGAAUCCCAAGGGAGCAAAUGGAGGGAGCAGCCAGCACAGGGACGUAUCCGUCAGUAUUUCUGUAUCCAAUUGCCAGAUUCAGGAUAAUGUGGACAUUAGCUCUGUGUAUCAGAUUUUCCCAGACGAGGUUCUUGGUUCGGGACAAUUUGGAAUUGUAUAUGGAGGGAAGCACCGGAAGACUGGGCGAGAUGUGGCUAUAAAAAUAAUUGAUAAGUUGCGUUUUCCUACCAAGCAGGAGAGCCAGCUGCGGAACGAGGUUGCCAUCUUACAGAACCUGCAUCACCGUGGAGUGGUGAACCUGGAGUGCAUGUUCGAGACUCCGGAACGAGUGUUUGUGGUGAUGGAGAAGUUACAUGGGGACAUGCUGGAGAUGAUCUUGUCCAGUGAGAAGGGAAGGUUACCAAAGCGCAUCACCAAAUUCCUUGUCACACAGAUCUUGGUAGCACUGCGUCACCUUCACUUCAAAAAUAUUGUCCACUGUGACCUGAAACCAGAAAAUGUGCUGCUUGCAUCAGCGGAUCCCUUUCCUCAGGUGAAGCUGUGCGAUUUUGGCUUUGCACGUAUCAUUGGCGAGAAAUCAUUUCGCCGCUCAGUAGUUGGGACUCCAGCCUACUUGGCCCCAGAAGUGUUGAGGAAUCGUGGCUACAACCGAUCUCUGGACAUGUGGUCUGUGGGCGUGAUCAUCUAUGUCAGUUUGAGUGGAACAUUCCCUUUCAAUGAGGAUGAGGACAUUCAUGACCACAUCCAGAAUGCAGCCUUUAUGUACCCACCGAACCCUUGGAGAGAGACCUCACCUGAUGUCAUUGACCUCAUCAACAGCCUCCUGCAAGUGAAGAUGAGGAAACGCUACAGCGUGGACAAAACCCUCAACCACCCCUGGUUACAGGAUUACCAGACCUGGUUGGAUCUCCGCGAGCUGGAGUGCAAGAUAGGGGAACGCUACAUUACCCAUGAAAGCGAUGAUCCCCGCUGGGAGAUGUAUGCGGGGGAUCACUUUCCCCAGUACCCUCCGCAUCUCUUGUCCCCGCCAUCCAUAGAACCUGAAGACGCAGAAAUGAGGGCUCUGGGAGAAAGAAUCAGCAUUCUCUGACAUGCCGUGUCUAUUCCCUUCUGCUAACAGAGACGAACAAUACGGAACGGAGGC